UUUUUUUUGCUUUUGUUUUUGUGUGUGAGAAAAAGAGCCGCGCAGUCUUGUCCUUCCUGAGGUCGGGACGGGUUGGAGCCCCGGGCAGCGGCCAUGGACCGCGCUCCCACCGCGCAGCAGUGCCUCACGCAGCCGUGCGCACCCGGCUUGUUGUAGCGUUUUCUGGAUCGAUCCGCUAAGCUUCUGUUCAGUGAUUUAUUUAUUUAUUUUUUUAUUUACUGUGCAAGAGGAAAGGGAGCCCGGGAUGCCCAUGAGGAACAGGUACAACCUGGUGGACGAUGUGGCGGACUCGCGGCUGCCGCUGCACAACGAGGUGGCUUACCAGCAUGGGAUUUACUUCCAAGCCAAGUAUGUGGGGAGUCUUGACGUGCCCAGGCCCAACAGUCGGAUGGAGAUCGUAGCAGCCAUGAGGAGAAUCAGGUAUGAAUUCAAAGCCAAGAACAUCAAGAAGAAGAAGGUCAGCAUUGUGGUGUCUGUGGAUGGAGUCAAGGUGGCACUGAGGAAAAAGCAGAAGAGAAAAGAAUGGACAUGGGAUGAGAACAAGAUGUUAAUCAUGCAUGAUCCAAUAUACAGGAUUUUCUAUGUAUCACAUGACUCCCAGGACUUGAAGAUCUUCAGCUACAUUGCAAGAGAUGGCUCCAGUAAUUCAUUCAGAUGUAAUGUCUUCAAAUCUAAAAAGAAGACUCAGGCCAUGCGUAUUGUGCGAACUGUGGGUCAGGCGUUUGAGGUUUGCCACAAGCUGAGUUUGCAGCAUGCCGAGCAGGAGCAGUACGCCGACGGACAGGCGGACGGCGAUAGCGACAAGUCAACGGAGGAGUCCGGCAACCACGCUCGAAAACUCACAGCAACUGAGCAGGACGAAGAGGACGAGGAUACAGAUGAAAGAGAGCGAAGAGGAGGAGGAGGAGGAGAUCCUUCAAUUGAUGGUUCGCUGUGCGAGAAGGCAGUCGGUGAGAUCCUGCAGAGCCUGGCAGAGCUCAAUGUGGUCAAACCAGGCCAGACAAUCAUGGACAUCGACAGACGGUCCGUCUUCACUGUGACGUCUCAAGGCAUCACUCCCAGCAGCCCUUGCUCUUCGUCGCUCACUCCACUGGCUUCUCAGCACUACCUGCAGCUCCUUCAGCAGCAGCUGCAGCAGCAACAGCAGCACACUCAGGUGGCCGUAGCGCAGGUGCAGCUGCUGAAGGACCAGGUGGCAGCAGAGACUGCAGCUCGCAUUGAGGCCCAGGCCCGCAUCCACCAGCUGCUGCUGCAGAACAGGGACCUGCUGCAGCACCUGGCGCUGCUCGUGCAGCAGCUGAAAGAGAUGGAGGGCCGCUCCCCCAUGAGAGCGCAAGAAGAGCAGUCGCAACAGGACACUCAGGCUAACGGACACAAUGCUCCACAGACGACACAAAGUUGGGAAUCAUCAUCAGCGAAACCAUUAUCCCUGAAUCUGAAGAAUCCGUACAAUCAGAACUUGGAGCCGCUCAUUUCCUCCACGGCCUCGUGGCCCCUCUCUCCAAACCAGGUCGACUGCGUGGAGUCCUUCCUGAACCUGCUGAACCUGGAGAACAGCAGUAAACCAGCAGCCUCGUUUGCCGAGCGGGACCCUUUCAUCAGAGCCAAUGGCACAGCGGAUAACAAGGAGAGCUCCAACAGUGAGAUUGUCCAGUUCUCAUCGAGGAACUCUGCCAACCUGGAUGAAAAGUAUAAAGAGAAAAUACCCAAACUUGACCCUCCUCCACCUUCCAUAAACCGCAAGCGAUCCAGCAGGACAUUCUCUCCGGGGUCAGAGGUCCCAGCUGUGCCCACGCCUGCAGCCCCGAGUCGCAGCAGCAGCCUCUCUUUCCCGGACAUCACCCCCUGCUCCCUGUCGUCCACCGAUUUCCACUCGCUCAGCAACGGUGAGAGCAGCUCCUCCUCGUCUUCGGCCAGCGAGGACUCUGGCGUCCGCUCCGAGACCAAGUCCCUGCUGUCGCCCCUUCGUGACGAUGAUGACCUUUUUGCUGACCACGGGGCAUUUUUGACAGCGUCCAGCAGCUGCGGAAGUCCCCUGGAGCAGCACGGCGGGGCAGGCGCUUCGUCCUCUGAUUCGUCAAUUACGGAGUCAAACACCAUGGCCUCGCGUCCUGACAGCGGUGAUCGGCCGCUGUGCUUUUCAUCUCCUAUGAAUGACACCUGCCUUCAUAUCAGUUUUUCGGAGGAUGAGCUUCUGGAGAGCAGCCAGGAGGACACCAAUAUGACCCCACGGAGUUAGGAUGACUUAAAUGUUAUUCAGUCAACGUAAAAUAAAAUCCAGGAUUUGCUUUCAGACCCUACUAUGUUUGCACAGGGCUUCCAUUUCAGGAUCUUAAGUCGUUCUACUCACCUGUGACACAGUGCACGUGUUGCUAAAACGCUUGCUAUUGUAUCAGUAAUUAGCCAAUAAAUAGAUUCAGUAUUUUUGUAAUAAAAUUUCUGAUCUAAUUUACUUUAUAGGGCCUAGAAUGUUAAGCAGAGUACAUGUAGCAAUAUAUUGCACUGUUGACGUCGUACUGAAUUCACUGUAGAAUUCUACACUAACAAAGGAAACACAUUUUAUUUUUGCUAGCUGUCGACGUGGAGCCGCUGUUUUGUAUAAUGUUUCACUUUGGUGCAAAUAAGUGGAAAAGGACGAUAAUUUGUCAAAUUCACAGUUAAGACUAGAACAGGGGAUCGAGGCGAUGUUGGGAAAAGUUUCAUCUCCUGCAGUGCAGGAUGGGAAGAAAGGAACAAGGAGGUCAGUGAUCGGACAGAGGAGAGAUAAAAGUCAGUCAGUUUAGUUGUUAUGGUUGUUCUUGGGAAUAUGGUCAGGCUCACAUUCGUUGUUUCUUUUUUUGUCAAGAGCAAGUGGGAUUUGGUUAUGUUGAGUCAGAUACAGACUGGUAUGAAAUGUUCAUGCUAGAGUAAAAUACCACAGGAUCAUGACAUUGUGGUAUCACAAUAUCUACAGUAUUGUGAUACCACAAUCUGAGGUACUGAAUGGUUUUAUAUAAAACUAAAAGCAAAUACGAGGAGUGUUGCAAUACGUACACGUCUUAAAAGGAGACAACAUACAAUGUCAAAACUUUACAAGAAACAGAAAUUUCCAUUUUUAUGUUGUCACAAGCAGCACGGAUUUAAUAAACAAUCUAAAAUUAUCAUGAAAAUAGUUGUUAAAUUGUAAUAAAAUAAUAAAUCUGAAACAUGCCUUUAUCUGCAAACUUUAUCUGCAAACUAUAGCAGUUUUUAAAAAGCUGCACUUUUUUAAAACUGCUAUAGUUUGAUGCCACACGCGUGUUUUGUGUUGUUCUUGUUGUAUCAAGAUGUCCCUAUAGCAGAAAAUAGAUCAAUUCUUGACAUGACAUUUAACUGUCAGGUCUUUCUUUUUUCUUUUUUUCUUUUUUUUUUUUUACAUUUUUGUUAUCAUAUCAACAGCUUAAUGACUAAAAGUUGAACAAAAAACAAUCCAAAACAAAGCUCUGUUCUGUGCAUCUCCAAUCAACUAGCAAAAAAAGUACAUAUAAUUCCCCUAUUAGUAGACACACAUAAUGCAACAACACAUAGUUCUACUUCGGGUGUAAAUGAAUUUUAUACUCGGAAGUGUAAAAAAUAAAAUCGUAAAAUUGGGUUGACCAUUUUUCUUAGUGUGGGUUAAAGUAAAACACAUUUAGAAACUUCUGCAGAUCGGCAAUAAACAGCUGAGAAGUUUAUGUGUUCACUUUGCUGCUUUGCUAUUCUUUAUGGCUUCGCCGAAAGUGCUCUGUUGUGAACUUUGAUUAGUAGAUGGAGAAACACAAUAAAAGUGGAGAUACGAGGCGAAGCAGCUGCGGGGGGAUGGAGGCGAUGGGUGCAGAAGUAAAAUGUCCUGAAGGGAAACAUUUUACACCAAAAGAUGAGGCUUUUCCCAACAUCACGUUUAGCAGGGAGUUUUACAACACUAACAAAGUAAAACACAAUAAAGAGGUGGAGCUGAAAACUAUGGCACUUUACUCUCUUUUUUUCCAUUAUUUAUUCUCAGGGAGCCUUAAGGUUUCGUCUGGGCUUUACAUUACCCUGCACACAGAAUGAUAGAAAGGUUAAUGUGCCGUGUAUGACGCCUACGUUCACUGGACUGCUGAAAUUACCUGUCUGUGCACGUACUUCAUUCUGCAAGUCAGCUUUGUUGACAGUCUUCUAUAUAAUUUCCUGUAACCGCAGUACAUUGGACCCACAGACUGAGCCGAAAGCACCAAGAAGCUUACGUAUGGUAGAGUUUUAGAGAAUUAGCUGAGUUAGCAGCAGAGAAAUCCUCCCUGGUUUGUUGAUAACAUUUGAAUUGGAUCUCCUUGUUUAUAAUUCUCCAAGUUUUCCACACAAGUCACAUUAAGGCUUUGUGUCACUUUUUCCAGAGGUGCUGUCUUCAAGCUUAGCAGUUCUCUCUGCCUUGCGAAAGCCGAAAAGCAUGCACGCGCAGCACAUGCUGUCACUGCCAGGCAUUAAGACGAGGCUGAACGGCUUAUUGCCCUCAAGGCCUCCAUGCAAUGCAUUUAUUAGAAAUUAGGCAAAUAGGAAUUCCCUUUGCUAUGAGGUAUUAAAGCUGUAAUUUGUCCCAGAGCAGCCAGGAUCUCAAAAGUGAAAGCAGCAUCUCUUGGCACAGCAAGCAUAAAUUAUGGAUACGGUUGCAUGUUUUGUAGCAAGAAAUGCACCAAUCAAUCUGGCAGAGAUCAGAAUCGACUACAUUAAAGGCAAUCAUGAGCUCCCAUCAUUUUCAGUGUACUACUGCUGUUCAAAAGUACGUUUUCAUGAUGCUUACAUUUUUCAAACCAUCCAACUAAUUAUAUAACUGGAGUAAAUACAAAAUGAUAGUUUCAUUUAUUAAAGGAGGCAAAUAUGUCAUCCCAGACUGUAUGUGAGAAAACAAAUGACAUCUUCAAAUUUUGCUGACAACCGCUGUCGAGCCUUUGAACACUGACGACGGUUGAGAGAAGCAGAGACUACGGGCUCUGGAUGCUCUGUUUGUGACUCCAUGAGUGAAUUGUUGAUGCACUGUUGGAGACAUGUUGGUCAUUUAAAUUGGAUAAAUGACCAAUUAGUCCAAUGAUCAUUGGAUAAGUGGUCCAAUGAUCGUUUAUCAUGUAUCCAAUGAUCAAAAGGCAGAGUUUGACCUUCUGAGAUCCUUUCAUGUUGCCAAACAGAAUUGAAGUGUUUUUUGUUGUUGUUUAUUAUUAACAAGUCAGACAGUAAUCAUUCCAAGGUGAGGAGAGUGAAAGUGAACCAAUAAAGGUGGAAAUCACAGUUAUUGCUGCGAUUAUGUCAACAUAGA